UCAGAGUCACCUGCUCCUCAUCAGAGACCUGGAACAUGUCGGUCUCUGUGAGCCACGGUCGGCUUUUCCAGUGUCAGCAUGAGGGCAGGGCGGUUCACCCAGCCUGCUCUCAUACUGAUGGGGAUCGGACUCGUCUUCAACGUGGGCAUGUUUCUAAACGCAGGGACCGACCUGGAGCUGGACUCGACCCAAGUGAUCAAGAGACUGUCUGAGCUGGAGGCCAGCAUCAGCAACAUCUACCACAUGCUGCAAGCUUUUGGACAGAAGCAGGACGCCAUGCAGAAAAUGCUGGAAGACGACAGAGACGGGCCGAGAAAAGCUGGGGAGGUCAAACAGCAGCCGCAAGACCAGGAACAGUCUGAGCAGAAAGAGCAGCCUGAAGCAAAGAUCCAAAAGGCGGUAAAGUCCAACAAACUGUUUCCUGACUCUGUCCUGUUCAAGCAGUGGGGGGAGAAUCUGUCCGAGGACGACCAACGAGAGGCACAGGGUCUGUUUCAGAAGUACGGAUACAACGUUUUUCUUAGCGAUCGCCUUCCUCUGGACCGAGUUCUUCCAGAUACCAGGGAUCCAAGGUGUGCGAACAAGACUUAUCCUAAAGACCUGCCAAGUCUGGGAGUGGUGCUGAUCUACCUGAACGAAGCUCUGUCUGUGAUCAAACGAGCGCUCCGCAGCAUCAUCGACCGCACCCCGAAGAACAUACUGAAGGAGAUAAUAAUGGUGGACGACAGCAGCUCUAAUGAGGACCUGAAGGGCGACCUUGACGUGCACAUGAAGUCACUGGAGAGAGAGAACCCAACUCUUGUCAUCAGUCGAGUGAAGCACAGCGAGCAGCGAGGGCUCGCCUACGCCAGAGUCUCAGGGUGGAGAGCUGCGACUGCGGACGUGGUGGCCAUCCUGGACGCACACAUCGAAGUUCAUGAGAUGUGGGCCGAACCCCUGCUCACUCAAAUCAAAGCCGACCGUACAGUGGUGGUGUCCCCCGUGUUUGACAAAGUCAACUUCCAUGACCUCAAGGUCAUUCAGUACCUUCCAGCGGCGCACGCCUUCGACUGGGCUCUGUGGUGCAUGUACGAGCGUUUUAAGCCCGAGUAUUACAAGCUCAAUGACAGCUCACUGCCCGGGAAGAGUCCAUCUGUAAUGGGAAUCCUAAUCGCUGAUCGGACGUUUCUUGGGGAGAUUGGAGUCCUCGAUGAAGGAAUGAAAGUGUACGGUGGGGAAAAUGUUGAGCUGGGAAUUCGUGUGUGGACGUGUGGAGGCAGUGUUGAGGUGGUCCCUUGCUCCAAGAUCGCCCACAUCGAGAGGAGCCACAAGCCCUACAUGCCCGACCUGAGUCCAGCCAUGAAGAGAAACGCACUGAGGGUAGCAGAGAUCUGGAUGGAUGAAUACAAACACAACAUCAACUUGGCCUGGAACUUACCAUUUGAGAAUCACGGAAUUGACAUCGGGGACGUGUCUGAGAGGAAGAAACUCAGAAAGAGGUUGAACUGUAAACCUUUCAAGUGGUACCUGGAAAACGUGUAUCCCAAGUUGGAUCCCUGGGAUAGUAUACUGGCCUAUGGAGGAAUGAAGAAUCUCGAUGCCGAAAUGUGCUUGGACCAAGGCCCAGUGCCGGGUCACAGACCCAUCGCCUUCAACUGCUACUACUAUGGACCCCAGUACACGUUUUACCGCACGAAUGGUGAGCUCUACAUCGGUGGCAUCAAGUCCCUCAAGGACAAUGACAACCGGUGUUUAACCGACGUCGGCAAAAAAGAAACUGAGCCUGGACUUUACAACUGCAAAGAGGCCGUAAAGAAAGGAAUGGGGAUAUACUGGGACUUCUCUCAGGGCAAAGAACUGAAGAACAGGAAGACAAAAAGAUGCCUGGAGAUUAAAGAUGCCAAACUUAUAAUACGGGAAUGUUCUGGUCAAAGAUGGGAAGUCCAAAACAUAAUCAAAACCUUUUAAAAAGUGUGUGUGGCCAACAAGAGGUGAAGAAAAGAAUAAUCUGUACAACAUAAAAAAGAAAGUUCAAGAAUUGUGACUAUGAAUAUGAUUAUUUAAAAUGUCUUAUCUGGGAUUGAAAGUGUUAUUGAUUUUGACAAUCUUAAGAGUUAUGUAUUGACUUCACCCUGUACAUUUGUUUAACAUCUUACGUGUCCACAGUACAACUGCAAAUAAUUAAUUUCACAAUUGAAUUAACAAAGGUCAGAAUGAUUUUACAAUUCAUUCUUGUAUGAAUUGACUGUGGAAAAAUACCCAAUAACCCAACCUGAGAUGAAUCCUAUAUUGUUUGCAUCUUCUUUCAUGGUUCCCAAAUUAUGACUAAUGAUUAAAUGUGUCCGUGUUCAGCUCUGUUGAUGAGAUUCUUGUAUAAAGGCCACUCACUGUUACAUGAAUGCUCAAUAACAUGGAACAACAAAGUUACAUCCCUGAACGAUCCACCACAACAAAACCAACCAGUUAUCUCAUUUGUUUUCAUCUUGAAAACUCAGUGUUUCCUGUUGAAGCAGCUGAUGCUGAGAUGAGCUGUUGAAACUCUCACAGCGUCUUACCUCAGGACAGAAGUUGUUGGUUUAAGCUUUAUCUUGGUGUUUAAGUAAAGUUUUAAAAACAAUAAAAGUCAUUAGUAGGAUGGUGGUGAUAUUCUGACUGUAUGUUGUGAAGCAUUCAAAGUAUUUGAUGAGAGUUCAGUUUACUGUGUGACAAACAAAACCAAUGCAGCAAAUUCUACAUUUACAAGCUUUUUUUUCUUUUACUGAAAUACUUUAAGUGCCGAAGUUAGGCCAAUAAUCAGGUAA